UCCAAGACUCACUGAACAUCGUUCGUAUUGCCGCACUCAGCACCCUCACUCGUGCAUUUCGUUCCACACUCGUUCUGUGCUCUUCCGCACUCGUUCCGCCCUCUUUCUGCACUUAGCGCCCAAGACUCGUUCUGCACUCGUGCUUUUCUUCCCAUCUCUGCCGCACUCGAUACAGGUUAUCACUAUGGAUAAGAAAGAGAUGACUGAUUAUCAAAUAGUACUCAAGGAUCUCGAAGGGAUUUAUGAGAAUGAUACCUUGGAAAACAACAAUGGGUGUGGAUCAUCGACAUUUGAUUGUGCACAGUUUGCAGAUGUUAAUGCUAUUUCAUUGGGUUCUAGUUCCAAAGAAGCCUUGGGAAUGGACCGAGCCAGUGACAUUCUCUUAGAAUUUUCGAUAUAUACUAUGAGAAGUGAAAUCAUUGAGCAUGCAUUUUGUGGCAUGGAUGAGUUGUCAAAGAUGGGAUCUGCAGGACAACCUUUGUGGCAGCGACAACAGGGAAACAAUGGGUGUGAGAUUUUGAAUGAUGGUGAAUAUUCGAAGCAGUUUGCUGAGGUUGAUACCACGCUAAGCGAGAUUGUUAAGUUGAUGGAGGUUGGAGAGUCUCAAAAUUUACCUAGCUUUGACCCGUAUCAAACUGAGCUUCCAUUAACAACCACUGUAACUCCCACUGCAACUCCACAGUCGGAAGGAUCGAGAGCUAUGGCUUAUAUCAAGAUGGCGCCAAUCUGCAUUGUUGAAUUACUCAUGGAAGUGAAUCAAUGGUCUGAAGCGUUUUACACUAUUGUCUCAAAAGCUGCAACAGUAGGAACUUUGUUAGGAGUGGAUGGAAGCUACGAUAACAGAAUGCAGGUGAUGAGCGCAGAACUUCAUUUGCCCUCCCCUGUUUUAUUGACCAGGGAGUGUUAUUUCGGAAGGUACAGCAAGCAGUUAUCUAAUAACACAUGGGGGAUUGUAGAUGUGUCAUUGGACAAAUUUGUUCCUUCUCCAGCCAACAAUUUUCGGAAAAAACCAUCUGGAUGUUUAAUUACUGGAAUGCCCAAUGGACACUCAAAGGUCAUAUGGGUGGAGCAUGUUGAAGUAGAAGAUAGUCAUGUGGACCAAUAUUUCCAGUCUCUGUUCACCUCCACUCUAGCUUUUGGCGCAACUCGUUGGAUCAAUGCCUUAAUUCGAUAUGGUGAAUGGUUACAAUGUGUAUUUACAACAGCAUUGAUUGCUGACGAAGGAGUUUGUAUACCCCAAAUGGGGAGAACUAGUUUGUUGCAACUGGCUGAUAGAAUGAUGAAAACAUUUUGUGGAAACACGAGUUCUAGCGCAGACAAUCCAUGGACCCAAAUGGCUCAUUCCCCAUACGUGAGAAUCAUGGUGAAGAAUAACAUGGGAGAAGCUGGAAAGCCUCCAGGUACAUCCGUUGUUUUCACUACUUCUCUCUGGCUUGAUGUCUCCCCGAAUCGACUGUUCAACUUCCUCCGCCAUGGGAAUUCCAGACCCAAGUGGGAUUCACUUUCACGUAGACAUACUAUUCGAGAAUUUGCGUCAAUGCUGAAGGGUGAAAAUCCAGGAAAUCGUGUUUCCCUGAUGAGAGCCAAUAAUUCACAGGGCAAGCUUGUAAUCUGUUAUCUGCAAGAGAGUUACACAGACUCAACAGGUUCUUACGUUGUGUAUGCUCCUCUGGAUGAGUCAGCUGUGGCAGCUCUAAUACAUGGAGUCAACCCUGACAAGGUGAUGAUCCUACCAUCAGGGUUUAGCAUUCUUCCUGAAAGGUUGCAGGGAGUUGAAGAUAGAAACGCUCGCAGUCUUCUAACUAUUGCAUUCCACAUAGUUGAAAGUAGCACCUGUAAGCCAUAUCUCGCUCCGGAAUCAGUCGAAACCAUAUACAAAGUCAUUUCAGAUACUGUUUCCUCUAUAACAAACUCUGUGCUGUAUCAUAAUCAUCGCAACAAUUGGAAGGAUUUAAAUUUCUAGUUACUUCCAAAAUGACUUUGCUUUGGAGCUUUGCAUUGGAUGUGAGGAAAUAUUCAAUGCAGUGUUUGUGACUGUUUUCGCUCUUUCUCUGUAGAAGCACACGUACAAGUAUAUACUUUUCUCAUUUUUAGUAUAUUUUUGCUGUGAGAUGAAUUAUUAUUUGGUU